UCGCGGUGGGCGGAGCCCCCGCCCCCGGCCCCUGCCGCGCUCUCCCGGUGCGGCGGGACUCGCGGAGGGCCCAGCGCGGGCCAUGCGGGGCCCGAGCCCGAGUCCCGGCGUGGCGCGGCUCCCCCGGCGGAGGCGGCGGGCGCGGGGCGCGCUCUGAGGCCGGGGGAUGCGCCGCCGCCGCCGCGACCAUGGGCGCCGCCGCCUCCCGGAGGAGGGCGCUGAGGAGCGAGGCCAUGUCCUCGGUGGCGGCCAAAGUGCGAGCAGCCCGAGCAUUUGGCGAGUACCUGUCCCAGAGUCACCCUGAGAAUCGGAACGGUGCAGACCACCUGCUGGCUGAUGCCUACUCUGGCCACGACGGGUCCCCCGAGAUGCAGCCAGCCCCCCAGAACAAGCGCCGCCUCUCCCUCGUCUCCAACGGCCGCUACGAGGGCAGUCUCUCGGAGGAGGUCAUCGGUGGAAAACCGACCGCUGAGGGCCCCCAGCCCCGCGUGUACACCAUCUCCGGGGAGCCUGCCCUGCUGCCCAGUCCCGAGGCCGAGGCCAUCGAGCUGGCUGUGGUGAAGGGGCGGCGGCAGCGGGAGCGGCACCCCCACCACCACAGCCAGCCCCUGCGUGCCAGCCCAGGGGGCAGCCGCGAGGACGUCAGCAGGCCCUGCCAGAGCUGGGCAGGCAGCCGCCAGGGCUCCAAGGAAUGUCCUGGGUGCGCCCAGCUGGCCCCUGGUCCCAGCCCUUCCCCUCGGGCCUUUGCGCUGGACCAGCCACCUCUGCCUGAGGCCACCAGCCGCCGCAAGAAGCUGGAGAGGAUGUACAGUGUCGAUCGUGUGUCUGAUGACGUCCCCAUCCGUACCUGGUUCCCCAAGGAAAACCUCUUCAGCUUCCAGACAGCAACCACAACUAUGCAAGCCAUCUCUGCUGACUCGUGGUGGUUUCCCAGGGUGUUCAGGGGCUACGCGGAGAGGAAGCGCCGGAAACGGGAGAAUGAUUCCGCGUCUGUAAUCCAGAGGAACUUCCGCAAACACCUGCGCAUGGUCGGCAGCCGGAGGGUGAAGGCCCAGACGUUCGCCGAGCGGCGCGAGCGGAGCUUCAGCCGGUCCUGGAGCGACCCCACCCCCAUGAAAGCCGACACUUCCCACGACUCCCGAGACAGUAGUGACCUGCAGAGCUCACACUGCACCCUGGGCGAGGCCUUUGAGGAUCUGGACUGGGAGACCGAGAAGGGCUUGGAGGCGGUGGCCUGUGACACAGAGGGCUUUGUGCCCCCCAAGGUCAUGCUCAUCUCCUCCAAGGUGCCCAAAGCCGAGUACAUCCCGACUAUCAUCCGCAGAGAUGACCCGUCCAUCAUCCCCAUCCUCUAUGACCACGAGCAUGCGACUUUUGAGGACAUCCUGGAGGAAAUAGAGAAAAAGCUGAACAUCUAUCACAAAGGGGCCAAGAUCUGGAAGAUGCUGAUUUUCUGCCAGGGUGGCCCAGGACACCUGUACCUGCUCAAGAACAAGGUGGCCACCUUUGCCAAAGUAGAGAAGGAGGAGGACAUGAUCCACUUCUGGAAGCGCUUGAGCCGCCUGAUGAGCAAAGUGAACCCAGAGCCGAACGUCGUCCACAUCAUGGGCUGCUACAUUCUGGGAAACCCGAAUGGGGAGAAGCUGUUCCAGAACCUCAGGACCCUCAUGACCCCUUACAGGGUCACCUUUGAGUCCCCCCUGGAGCUGUCGGCCCAAGGGAAGCAGAUGAUAGAGACCUACUUUGACUUCCGGCUGUACCGCCUGUGGAAGAGCCGCCAGCACUCGAAGCUGCUGGACUUUGAGGAUGUCCUGUGAGGGCCACGGCCACCGCCUGGCUGCUUCCUUGGACCGGUGGCUGGGGCUGGGACAUGUGCUGUGGGCCGCCCAGGACCACGCGGUCCCAGUCUUCACAGCCGCUUCAGGGCACCCUCAGAUGUCGCUCAGGUUCCCACCCACGGGUCUGGUCCUCACUGCACCACAGGCCAGAGGUCACAGCCCCCGGGGCCCCGGGACGAGCCUCACCCCAUGUGGCCAGGGGUUGCUCAGCGGCCAGGCGCUGACAGGGCCUAGGCCUCGUGCAGAGGGUGCAGCACUGGGGUGGCUCCUCUUAGCGGGUUCAUAGAAAUAAGUGCAAUUUUCACACCCCCAAAACAAUUCAAAGGGAAGCAGCAUUACUAGUUGAAUAGUUAAGUGCUAUGUUACCAGUUCCGGUGUAGACAACCUAGCCCAGUGUGUGUUCAGGACCUUGUCUGCCCCCCGCCCCCCAGCCCUGCCGUAUUUGAUCACCAGCACCAGGGUGGCCCGUCCGUGGGGGCGGUGUCGCCUGGCUGCCCGGCCCGGCUCCGGCCUUGGCCGAGUCCCUGAUGGUCUUUGCUUGUUCCCUCUUGCCACCCACUGCUUACUCUGACCUCAGCCGUACUGGCCUAGCAGGGGUGCCUGGGAAGCCGCGGGGCAGGGGGGAGGUGACACACCUCCCUUCUCUCAGGAGGCUCUGGGUUGAGCCGGGCCCUGCCUGCUCCCCGUCCUCCAGCACCCGCCUGGCCCUCUGAUGCCGCGGUGCGUUCAGCUUUUGCCAGCCUUGGUCUGGAGGCUUCUCCCAGCACAAAGGGUUUGGCAGGGGCAAGUGGGGCUGGGCCCCGCUGGGUGAGAACCCCGCCGCACACUGCAGUGGGUGCCUGGACCCCGCAGCAGCGCUGAGCAGACGGUGGACUCCGGGCUGUGGCCUUGCUGGGGCCCAGCGGGGCCGGCUCUUGUAUAUAGCUGGGGCUCAGGGGCAGGACCCCUUUGCAGAGCCUGGGUCUGAGGACACCUGGCUGUGCCCUCAGCUAGGGGAGGGGGCAAGGGCAUGUGCUGGGCUCUGAAUGAUGUACGAUAUCCCUUAGAGUGACCAUUAAACCUGACCCUCUGCUGCG